GGAAUAUUUUUGUAGAUGAUCGAGAACAUUGCAAAGAGGUUUGGUUUUGGUCCUAAAAUUUAUGCAACUAUUGAUUUAGAAAAGGCAACGGUUGCGAAAACUAGAAUGAUUGAAAAUGAACCUAAUAACCCCGGGUGGAAUGAGUCUUUUCUUAUUUACUGUGCUCAUAUGGCUUCAAAUGUGAUAUUUAAUGUUAAAGAAGAUAAUCCUAUUGGUGCAACUUUAAUCGGAAGAGCUUAUCUACCUGUUCGUGAGCUCUUGGAAGGGGAAGAAGUGGAUAGGUGGGUUGAGAUAUUGGAUGAAGACAAGAAUCCUAUACGUGAAGGUUCUAAGAUCCAUGUAAAGCUAUGGUUUUUGGAUAUUUCUCGAGAUAAUAACUGGGAUUGUGGAAUUAAUUCCGAGUAUUCUGGGGUUCCCUAUACUUACUUUCCUCAGAGAUCUGGAUGUCAGGUUUCUUUGUACCAAGAUUCUCAUGUACCAGACAAUUUUGUUCUCCAAAUCCCCCUUUCUGAAGGACAAAACUACGAGCCUCACAGAUGCUGGGAAGAUGUUUUCGAUGCAAUCACUAAUGCUGAGCACCUAAUUUACAUCGCAGGCUGGUCUGUAUAUACCGAAAUUACCUUAAUAAGGGAUUCUAGGAGGCCAAAGCCAGGAGGUGACGUUACUCUUGGUGAGAUACUCAAGAAGAAAGCAAAUGAAGGUGUUACGGUUCUUAUGCUUGUUUGGGAUGACAUAACCUCUAUUGAUUGCCUGAAGAACGAGGGCAUAAUGGCUACCCAUUGUAAAGAGACCAACCGCUAUUUUGAAGGUACUGGUGUGCAUUGUGUCUUAUGCCCUCGCAAUCCAUAUAAAGGUCAAAGCUUAAAAUUUUCUGCCAUGUUCACUCAUCACCAGAAGAUUGUAGUGGUGGACAGUGCUGUGCCGGAAGCUGGAUCGAAGAAGAGGAGGAUUUUGAGUUUUGUGGGAGGCGUUGAUCUUUGCGAUGGAAGAUAUGAUACUCCAUCCCAUUCACUUUUCAGGACAUUGGAUACUGCACACCGUGGUGAUUUUCAUCAGCCUAAUUUCACUGGUGCAUCCAUCACAAAAGGUGGGCCGAGGGAGCCUUGGCACGACAUUCAUUCCCGACUGGAAGGACCAAUUGCCUGGGAUGUUCUGUUUAAUUUUGAGCAGAGAUGGAGGAAACAAGGUGAGGAGAAUGCAUUACGUAACUUGAGAGAGCUUGAUGAUAUUGUUCCAUCUCCAGUGAUGUAUCCAAAUAACCAUGAAACAUGGAAUGUUCAGUUAUUCAGAUCUAUUGAUAGUGGGGCUGCCUCUGGAUUCCCGGAUACUCCCAAGGAGGCAAAAAGGAAAGGUCUUGUCAGUUGGAAUGGCAAUAUAAUUGACCGAAGCAUCCAAGAUGCAUAUAUUCAUGCGAUACGUCGAGCAAAAAAAUUUAUUUAUAUCGAAAAUCAGUUUUUUCUGGGAGCAAGUUUUGACUGGGAUUAUAAAGAUAUAAAGGUUGAGGACAUUGGAGCUCUGCAUCUUAUUCCAAAGGAACUUUCCUUGAAGAUUGUGAGUAAGAUUAAGGCUGGGGAAAGAUUCACCGUGUAUAUCGUGGUGCCAAUGUGGCCCGAAGGGAUUCCUGAAGUAGCUAAGGUUAUAUUAGGUUUCCAGAGGAUGACAAUGGAGAUGAUGUAUAAGGACAUGAUUCAGGCUCUUCAAGCUAAGGGCAUUGAGGAGGACCCUAGAAAUUACCUGACAUUCUUCUGCCUUGGAAAUCGGGAGGUGAAGAAGAGUGGUGAAUAUGAACCUUCAGAACAACCAAAACCUGAUUCAGAUUAUCUAAAAGCUCAGGAGGCUCGCCGCUUCAUGAUCUACGUUCAUUCCAAGAUGAUGAUAGUUGAUGACGAUUACAUAAUAAUUGGAUCUGCCAAUAUCAACCAAAGAUCCAUGGACGGUGCUAGGGAUUCCGAGAUAGCCAUUGGAGCAUAUCAACCACAUCAUUUGGCAAUCAGGGAACCGGCUAGGGGUCAGGUCCACGGUUUUCGUAUUGCACUAUGGUAUGAACACCUUGGCAAGCUCGAUAAUACUUUCCUAUGCCCCGAAAGUGUGGCAUGUAUCAAAAGUGUAAACCAAAUCGCUGACAAAAAUUGGGAUCUCUAUGCGGAUGAAAAUCUUGAACGGGAUCUACCUGGUCACUUGCUCCGCUACCCCAUUCGGAUUGCUAGUGAAGGAGAAGUUACCUACUUGCCAGGAAUGGAGUUCUUCUCUCGCACAACAUCUCGCAUUCUUGCUGCUACACUGGACUGGCUCCCUGACGCGAUCAAAGAAGGAAUGUACUAAUUUAUGAUGGGUGGAUAAUGUUGUUGGGGAACACGUGAUGUGACUACCCUGUGACAAUUCAGCAGAUUAUGUGACGAAUUUAAGGAAAGCAUGUUGUGUACUUUGAAAAAAGUGUCAUUUUCUCAUAUUUACAAACCGUAAAGUUCUUGUUUGA